AGGAGGGAUGAAGCCAGCAGAGAUCAGAUUCUCUCUACAGAGACCUCUACAGCACAGAGAUCCAGACAUGGCACCUACAAUCACUGCAGCAAUGACCAAUUCUCAGGAGCAUCUGACUCUGACCCACAAGCUCAGAAAGCCUCUGGUGGAGAAGUUACGCAGAGAGCGAAUCAACAGCAGCAUUGAGCAGCUCAAGUCUCUCCUGAGUCCAGAGUUCCUCAAACAGCAGCCAGACUCCAAGCUGGAGAAAGCAGACAUCCUGGAGAUGACAGUUUGUGUCCUGAGACGGCUGCAGCAGCAGAAUCAACAGCAGAGAAGACUGCUGAACCACAUCAACAAGCUGCAGUCUUCCUCUGAUAACAACCUGAGAGAGGCUGACUUCUCUUUUCUGAGCUCCACAGUCCAGACCAGCAUCACCAAAGAGAAGAGUCCAGUCAACAGCGCCGUCUGGAGGCCGUGGUAGACACCUACAGACUGGAGUUACUACCAGACAAACUGAGAUGACCAUAUUGGUCAAAGAUUACUGGACUGAAGUCUUUGAAAUGUUAUGGACUUGUUCUUCUGUUUCCUGAGGAAAUGACAGCACCAAUAUCUUUCAAGUUAAGAAAGAGAACAUCUGGUCAUGCAUGUUGCAUGAACCAAAUCUGAUUAAAUCAGCAAUUAUUAUUAUUAUUAUAAUACCUCACUGUACUUCAUGUAUUGUUGGUAUAAGCAAUGGUAACAUUUGUUAUCUUUUGAUUGUUAUUGAUCAUUUUGAUCAGAUACUUUAACUGUCCUUUUUAUGGACAUAUUGUCACCAUGGACUUACCUCACUUUAAUCUCUCCGAUUACUCAAAACUGAUCUGUUGUUAGAUCCAAAUCUUUCUCUUUUUUUCUAAAAGGUUUGCUUAAUGUCACAAUUUUCCUGUGAUACUUUUAUGACUCACUCCAUGUCAUGUGUUGACAUAUGGAGAUGUUUAUUACCUCUUGAUAGGUAUUGAUGAUUUUGAAUUGAUCAAAAAUAUUAUUUGUCCUUUUUAUGGACAUUUAAUCAUAAUGGGCUUUCCCUCACUUUGUGAUUAUUGAAAAAAUAUCUGUUUUAAGAUCACAAUGUUUAUGCUUUUACUGUAAAAGGUUUCUUUAAUGUCACACUGUCACAGUUUUCCAGUGACAAUGUUAUUGUUUAAGAUGUAAUUUAAUUCUCAGAGGUUUCUAAGAACAAUGUGACCUGUUGUAAGGUCAGUUUUUACUAAUUUUUGUCUUUUGUUGACUAAGUAAAAAUGUGUUGAACAAUUUCGGGGAUAAAAGAAAAAAACUGAGAACUGUGUCCUCAAAUAUUGUAAAUGGUUUGUCUUUUAUGAAGUCAGUUGUUCCUUUACUCUCUCGGAGUACAGUGUGUCUUGUAGAAAUCUACAAGUUGUUGUUGUGAUGUAUCAUCACCUCUAGUUGGAGCUUUCAUACUUUGUGGCUCAUUGUUCCUUGUUGAAUAAACAAAUACUGACACCUGAAAA